CGCCGCGCCGCUGCUGUCAGCGCCCAUCCGUCCGCCCGCAGCCCGCCACAGCCCGCCGCCUCGCCAUGCCCAACUUCGCCGGCACCUGGAAGAUGCGGAGCAGCGAGAAUUUCGACGAGCUCCUCAAGGCGCUGGGUGUGAACGCCAUGCUGCGCAAAGUGGCGGUGGCGGCUGCGUCCAAACCGCACGUGGAAAUCCGCCAGGACGGGGAUCAGUUCUACAUCAAGACGUCCACCACCGUGCGCACCACCGAGAUCAACUUCAAGGUCGGAGAGGGCUUCGAGGAGGAGACCGUGGACGGACGCAAGUGCAGGAGUUUGGCCACUUGGGAGAGUGAGAACAAGAUCCACUGUGCACAGACUCUGCUCGAAGGGGACGGCCCCAAAACCUACUGGACCCGCGAGCUGGCCAACGACGAGCUCAUUCUGACGUUCGGCGCCGAUGACGUGGUCUGCACCAGAAUUUACGUUCGGGAAUGA